AUGGGAGGAGAGAAGUUCAAGUACCUAUUCAAUAACUUUCUCAUUUCACUGGCUUUUUUGCUGCAGUUUACUGCUUAUAAUGGCAUUGGUAAUCUCCAGCAAAAUUUUACGACCCCAAAAAAGUGGUCGCUGGCGUUCUCCUUUACUGGCUACAUCGUUUACACAGCGGCAAACUUCUACCCAGAAUUUUAUACCCUCAUUCCAGCGGCGAUCUACCUUGGCUUUUGUGCAGCCCCGCUUUGGAGCUCCCAAUGCCAGUACCUGACAGUUUCUGCGGAGAAACUCUCCAAAGUUGCCGGAAAAACGACGGAAUCGUGGCUAAAUCAACUGUUUGGCAACUUGAUUUCCUCUCUCAUUCUCAAUGGAGGUUUUCCCGACUCGGAUAGUCUGCCAGAAAAAGAUGACAGCGAAGUCGAAGAAAUUCAAAAGAAAUGCGGUCUUAACUUUCUCCCUGCCGCUGGUGGCUGCGAUGACAUUGACUCAGACUACGACGAUAAGACAAUUUAUACUCUGAUGGGGAUUUAUGUUGCAGCGGGUUGUGUUGCUUUUGCUAUCAUCGUUUUUCUAAUUGAUCCUCUUGAAGAUCCAAAUAACAUUGUCUAUCUGUUCUUGUUUGCCAUUGGAUGGGGAAUUUGCGACGCAGUUUGGCAAUGUGCACUAAAUGCUCUUUAUGGGGUGCUGUUCAAAGAUGAUCAAGAAGCUGCAUUUGCAAAUUACAGGCUCUGGGAAUCACUCGGUUUUUGUGCCGCUUUUGCUUAUGGAAAUAGCUUGGAUGCAUCCGUGAAGCUAAUCAUUUGCCUCGUCUUUUUGAUCAUAGGAAUGGUCGGAUACACAGCUGUCGAGGUCAUUUUUGCAAGAAACCCAGAGAAGAAAGAAGCAUGCUCAGAUGUUGAGACGGAAGAGAGCACGGAGAAAAUGGGGGAGAAGAAUGAAGCUUUCGAUACUGAUUUUUGA